CACCACUUACAAACUGGUUCCUAUCACAGUUUCUUUCUGUUUGUUGUAGGCGAACUGCUCCUGCUCUCAACUAUGAUUUUCCUGCUCCCGGUGGUGUGUGGCUGCCCAGAGAGGUGCCACUGUCACUCACCUUCAAAUUUUGUAGACUGCAGCCGGCAGGGUCUGGCUGAAGUCCCUUCCGAUCUGCCUCCUCAGACUCUAACCCUGCACUUACAAGAUAACCAGAUACGUCAGCUUCCGGCUUCUGCAUUUAAGUCAGUGCCACAGCUCACAGCCUUGAACUUGCACAACAAUUCUCUUUCAAAUCUGACCUCCGGAGUUUUCCAUGGACUUCAGCACUUGCGGGUCUUAAACCUAACCCAGAACUCCCUGCAUUCCCUGGAAAGCAGACUUUUCCAUUCCCUCCCACAGCUGAGGGAACUUGAUUUAUCAUCAAACAACAUAAGCCACCUUCCCACAUCCCUGGGUGAGCCUUGGGAGAACCUAACUGUAUUUGCGAUCCAACAAAACCAGCUUCAGCAGCUCGAUCGAGCCCUCCUAGAAUCCAUGCCCAGAGUGAGGCAUUUAUUUCUCAAGGACAACCUCUGGAAAUGCAAUUGCCACUUGCUCAGUCUUAAACUCUGGCUGGAGACGUUUAUCUAUAAAGGGGGAAUAACAGACAGCAUCAUCUGUGCCUCACCGGACACCUGGAAGGGAAAGAACCUCCUUAAAAUCCCUCACAAGCUGUACCAGCCCUGCCCUUUUCCUUCUCCAGACCUGGAGUCCUCACAGGUGCAGCAGCUAGGUGCUGCCCACCGGGCUGUACCCAGGUCCCCUGAGAGCCACAGCUCAGGGGAGCGAGACCACUGGGAGUGUGAGAUCAAACCCAAGCCGAGGCCAGCCAAUCUGCGCCACGCCGUGGCCACCAUCAUCAUCACGGGGGUGGUAUGUGGGAUCGUGUGUCUCAUGAUGUUGGCGGCUGUCAUUUAUGGCUGCACCUAUGCAGCUAUUACCGCCCAGUACCAUGCGGGACGCUUGGCUCAGAUCAAUGAGCCUGCGAAGACAGAAGGAAAAGAGCUGUUUGACAGCUCAAUGGCCUGAGAGCUUUCAUCUCAAAUACGAAUAAUCAUUAUAGGCCAGAAGAAAGUUUCUGAGUAGGGCUGAUGGUUCACUGUUACUGCCUCAUUCUCUUUUUCCAAAAGGAAAAAAAAAAAAAAAAAAAAAUGUGUCUGUAAAAAAAGACAGUAUUCCUGGGAAGAAAUUGAUGUUGAGAUUUUAAAAAAAUACCAUAGUUGAAACAGAGAUGAUAACUUGUGCUCUGUGCCUGAGAAGUUAUGACAAUAUUCUAUGUGGGGAAGGCUGUCCACAGAGAAAGGGAAGAUACAUCUCUUUCAAGGUACUCUUCCCUGCAUUAAGUUGCCUUUACAGGGCAGCAGAAAUACAAACACGCGUGCCAGCAUUCCUGGCAGCUUUGUGGUCCACUCAAAAACUGCCCAAUUUUGAGUGCCUGGGAAGAAGUUGGCAACCUUACCCAAUGGGCACUGAGUGCUUCUAUAGUCCAAGUUCAUGAUAGACCGGUGAUACUUUUAGAUGUUAGGUAUGUUAUAUAUUUAGCAAAAGUGUCUGUUGGUUGGGAAUUUUGUAGCUUGCCACAAGAGUCAGAUUAUAUUUAAUUUUCUAAAUCAGAAAACCAUUUGGGGCUUUCUAGGCCACAGAAGAAGAAGAGGGCUCCAUGACUGGAUAAUGGGACUCAGGCCCAGGGUCUGGGGAAGUUUUCUGAUGCAAGGGUAAAUAACAUAUAAACAAACACAAAGAGGAUGGGGUGGCGGAAUUCGAGGCACUAUUACCCAAAGGCCAUAUCCACCAGGCGAUUGGAACCUUCCAUUUAUAACUCUCACAGCAGGAAUGAAUUUAGGGUGGGCUGAGAGCGAGAUAAUGGCUUAUGUGUAUCUGUAUCUAUGUACAUAGUGUGCAGAGUCCAUAGGCUUGUUCAACCACACCCACACAUAAACAUACUCAGAGCAAUCAGUUUACCCACUAAUGAAAUGCAGCCGCGGCAGGGUGGAAGCCAGCAGCUGUUGACCACCACCCAGAUUGUCUACUCAACACUCUGGGAUAGGAAGUCAGAGGAAGUCUGAAUAGAGUGGGAAUUAUCAAGAGGCUGGAGAUACGUGGGAGCAGCCGUCCUGAACAUUAUUUAGGCUGGGGUUUAAUAAAAUCAGGUGUGGCUUGCUUGACUCCACAGACACGGUCCUGAAGAGCUGCAUGCAAAGGAAAUUUUUGUAAAUUGAAUCAUCAUUUUAAUGCAGUAGGGGAUCUCGCUAUUUAAAGGAACUUUUCAUGGAAUCUUUCUGUAAUGGCAAUAAUUGGCUCCAGAUUUAUGUAUUUUGUAAAUUUGCAUUUUCUCAUGCUAGGAUUUCUUAAAGUAGAAUCUACCUGCUCUCUCUCUCUCUCAUGAUGUCCCAUCUCAUACUUAGUCACCUGUUAGUAUUAAAAUCAUUUUACACAGAGGAGUUAAGGACUUGGCAAAAGCAAGGAAUAGCAAAUACAGGGCAAGCUGUCCCUCCAGAGGCCUUGACAGACAUCAUUAAUCAAUCCCAGCACUCCUCCCUGAGCCCUGAUGCACCACAGAUGCCUUCUUA